GAAACACGUCACACAACACGUCGUUCCGCCCUUCGUCGUGGUCACAUUUACAGUUGCAUUUUCUGUUUUGUGUUGAAGAAGCCUUCAGGGUGAGCGUAUUCAUUCACCUCGUAUGACCAUAGUUAGUGAGCUAGACUGUGUCUUGACUGACUAGGGCAAAGAAGAGAAAUGGAAACAACCGGUGACACCAAGCUGGACCAGGCUGUCAGGCAGUGGCUGCAGUAUGACAAGAACCCCAAGACAGUGUCAAUGGUGCAGGACCUGGUGAAAGAAGGAGCGGUGGAGGCUCUGAAGAAAUGUUUCUCCUCCAGGAUGGAGUUUGGUACAGCAGGUCUGAGAGCAGCCAUGGGCCCCGGCAUAUCCUGUAUGAAUGACCUCACUAUCAUCCAGACCACACAGGGUUUCUGUCGCUACCUGGAGGAGAGUUUUGGGAAUCUUAAGGAGCGAGGAGUGGUGAUUAGCUAUGACGCCCGGGCCCACCCUCCCAGCGGGGGCAACAGCAAGCACUUUGCCCGCCUGGCUGCAGCUGUAUUCAUCAGCCGAGGGGUUCCUGUCCACCUCUUCUCUGACAUCACCCCUACACCCUUUGUGCCUUUCACAGUUUCUCACUUGGGUCUGUGUGCUGGUAUCAUGGUGACUGCCUCUCACAACCCCAAAGAGGACAAUGGCUACAAGGUGUACUGGGAGAACGGAGCUCAGAUUGUGUCUCCUCAUGACAAAGGUAUCUCCAAGGCCAUAGAGGAGAACCUGAAGCCCUGGCCUGAGUCCUGGAACACAGAGGAGGCUCUGAAGAGCCCCCUGCUCAAAGACCCUUACCAGGACAUCCACCCACAAUACUUCAAAGCCAUCCAGAAACACUGUCAUCACAGGGACAUAAACAAGAGUUCAGAGGUGAAAAUUGUGCAUACAUCUGUGCAUGGCGUUGGCCAUGCAUUUGUCCAGUCAGCUUUCAAAGCCUUUGAUCUUCACCCUCCCUAUGCUGUAGAGGAACAGAAAGAUCCAGAUCCUGAAUUCCCCACCGUCAAAUAUCCAAAUCCUGAGGAGGGAGAGGGAGUCCUGACACUGUCGUUUGCACUGGCAGAGAGAGAGGGGGCCAGUGUUGUGUUGGCGAAUGACCCUGAUGCUGAUCGACUGGCCAUUGCUGAGAAGCAGAAGAGUGGACAGUGGCGACUGUUCAGUGGUAAUGAGUUGGGAGCGUUGUUCGGCUGGUGGAUGUUCCGCUGCUGGAAACAGCAAAACUCUGACGCUGCUGCUGUGAAAAACCUCUACAUGCUGUCGAGCACCGUCUCAUCCAAGAUUCUUCGUGCCAUUGCUCUCAAGGAAGGCUUCCACUUUGAGGAAACGCUAACAGGGUUCAAGUGGAUGGGAAACAGAGCCAGAGACCUUUUGGACCAGGGCAAGACUGUUCUGUUUGCGUUUGAGGAGGCCAUAGGGUAUAUGUGUAGUCCCUCUGUAUUGGACAAGGAUGGAGUGAGUGCUGCAGCCAUAGCAGGAGAGAUGAUUUCCUAUCUGGCCAUGAAAAACACAAGCCUUUCUCAACAACUCACUGCCAUCUAUGAAGAGUAUGGCUACCACAUCAGUAAGAACUCCUAUUUCAUCUGCCAUGACCAGGAUGUGAUCCACAGCUUGUUCGAGUGCCUGCGCAACUACAGUGGGCAGAAGGACUCGUAUCCCACUAAAUGUGGCCGCUUCUCCAUCUCUGGUGUGCGAGACUUGACCACAGGCUACGACAGCAACCAGCCCAGUAACAAGGCUGUUCUUCCCACCUCCAGUUCCAGUCAGAUGAUCACUUUUAGCUUCUCCAACGGGGGUGUGGCCACCAUGAGGACCAGUGGCACUGAGCCAAAAAUCAAAUACUACACUGAACUCUGUGCUGCUCCUGGUAACAGUGAUGUGACGCAGCUGAAGAAGGAACUGGAUGAUUUGGUUGAUGCCAUUGUUGAAAACUUCUUCGAGCCAGAGAAGAAUAAGUUGCAGCCUAGAAUGGAGUAGCACUGAUGGACAAUACAUACAGGACCAGUUGUGACUAAUAUAUCUCUGACCAGCAUUUCACAUAAUGUCUUAAUUACUCCAGAAGGGAUUCUUGAUUUAAUGCAGGCUUCAUUUUGAUUUGCAACUAAUUUCAUCACAAUUUUACCACCUUGUUUUUUGACAGUUUUCCAAGAUAUACGGUUACCUACUAAUGGAUCUGUCUUCAGUAGAAUGUUUGUUUACAUCCAGCAGUCACAAUAUAUGACAGCUACAUGUUUUGGAUUCAGUUUACCUCAAAGCUGGAGAUUUUAAACCUGUAAACUGUUCACCAUUCUACAGCCACAGUCAUUCCUGUUGCCGCACUGUGGUCUUUAUAUACACACAUUGCUAUAUAUUCACUUGUAUUUAACAAUUUUGCAUUCCACACUGCUUCAGCAUCAACUGCAAGGCUGCUUAUAUGAAGAGAUACAGAAGAGUGUAAAUGAGACCUUAAAUGGAUGUUGUAAACUGCUGUUAAACUUUGUAUGUGUAAUAUCCUAGUUAAUAGUAAGGCAUAACAAUGAAAGAAACAGCUAUUUUUUAAGGUUUUAAAUGAAUGCCAUAUUGCAGAGUUGCUAGUUUGUAAAAUGACCAAGCCUAAAAGCUUAGAGCACCACCAAGUGGAGAUAUUGUAAAUACAUGUUUCAAAUGCAUCCACUGACUCAUUUCAUCAGAGAUUCUUGACACCACAAAUACAACCAAGACCCUUUUACAUUUUCCAGUAUUUAAGUGAUCGUGACUGACUACUCUAGAAAUGUGGAAUUAGCAGUUCACCUUUCCUUAUGUGCCUCGUAUUCCAAAAUACUGUGUUGAAAAUGCCAUUUUACUCAAUAAAAAACGGUGUCAAACACUG